GGGGACGCGGCCAGGCGCGCGCGCGCAGCUUCAAGAAGGCUGCGCGCCUGCGCGAGGGCGGACGGCGGGCGCGCGCGCGGCGGGGGCGGUCUCUGCCGAGUGCCCAGCUGCGGCGGCAGAGCUGGACGCGUCUGCGAAGAUGGCGGGCCGGAGUAUGCAAGCUGCAAGAUGUCCUACAGAUGAAUUAUCUUUAUCUAACUGUGCUGUUGUGAAUGAAAAGGAUUUCCAAUCUGGCCAGCAUGUGGUCGUGAGGACCUCCCCCAACCACAGGUACACAUUCACACUGAGGACCCACCCGUCUGUGGUUCCAGGGAGCAUUGCGUUCAGCUUACCUCAGCGAAAAUGGGCUGGACUUUCUAUUGGGCAAGAAAUAGAAGUGUCCUCUUAUACAUUUGACAAAGCCAAACAAUGUAUUGGCACAAUGACCAUGGAGAUUGAUUUCCUGCAGAAAAAAAGUAUUGACUCCAACCCUUAUGAUACUGACAAGAUGGCUGCAGAAUUUAUUCAGCAGUUCAACAACCAGGCGUUCUCAGUGGCACAACAGCUCGUGUUCAGCUUCAAUGAAAAGCUUUUUGGCUUACUGGUAAAGGACAUUGAAGCCAUGGAUCCAAGCAUCCUGAAGGGAGAGCCUGGGACGGGUAAAAGGCAGAAGAUUGAAGUAGGACUGGUUGUUGGAAAUAGUCAAGUUGCAUUUGAAAAAGCAGAAAAUUCAUCACUCAAUCUUAUUGGCAAAGCUAAAACCAAGGAAAAUCGCCAGUCUAUCAUCAAUCCUGACUGGAACUUUGAAAAAAUGGGAAUAGGAGGUCUGGACAAGGAAUUUUCAGAUAUUUUUCGACGAGCAUUUGCUUCUCGAGUAUUUCCCCCCGAGAUUGUGGAGCAGAUGGGUUGCAAACAUGUUAAAGGCAUCCUGUUAUAUGGGCCUCCAGGUUGUGGUAAGACGCUGUUGGCUCGACAGAUUGGCAAGAUGUUGAAUGCAAGAGAACCCAAAGUGGUCAAUGGGCCAGAAAUCCUCAACAAAUAUGUGGGAGAAUCAGAGGCUAAUAUUCGUAAACUGUUUGCUGAUGCUGAAGAGGAGCAGAGGAGGCUUGGUGCUAAUAGUGGUUUGCACAUCAUCAUCUUUGAUGAAAUUGAUGCCAUCUGCAAGCAGAGAGGGAGCAUGGCUGGCAGCACGGGAGUUCAUGAUACCGUCGUCAACCAGUUGCUGUCCAAAAUUGAUGGGGUAGAGCAGCUGAACAACAUCUUAGUCAUUGGAAUGACCAACAGACCAGAUCUGAUAGACGAGGCUCUCCUUCGACCUGGAAGACUGGAAGUUAAAAUGGAAAUAGGCUUACCAGAUGAGAAAGGUCGACUACAGAUCCUUCACAUCCACACAGCAAGGAUGAGAGGGCAUCAGUUACUCUCUGCUGACGUAGACAUUAAAGAACUGGCUGUGGAGACCAAGAACUUCAGCGGCGCUGAACUGGAGGGUCUGGUGCGAGCAGCACAGUCCACUGCCAUGAACAGACACAUAAAGGCCAGUACUAAAGUAGAAGUGGACAUGGAGAAAGCAGAGAGCCUACAGGUGACAAGAGGAGACUUCCUUGCUUCUUUGGAAAACGAUAUCAAACCAGCAUUUGGCACAAACCAAGAGGAUUAUGCAAGUUACAUAAUGAAUGGUAUCAUCAAAUGGGGUGAUCCAGUUACUCGAGUUCUAGAAGAUGGGGAGCUGCUGGUUCAACAGACUAAAAACAGUGACCGCACACCAUUGGUCAGCGUCCUUUUAGAAGGCCCUCCUCACAGUGGGAAGACUGCUUUAGCUGCAAGGAUUGCAGAGGAAUCCAACUUCCCCUUCAUUAAGAUCUGUUCUCCUGAUAAGAUGAUUGGCUUUUCUGAGACAGCCAAGUGUCAGGCCAUGAAGAAGAUCUUCGAUGAUGCAUACAAAUCCCAGCUCAGUUGUGUAGUUGUGGAUGACAUUGAGAGGCUGCUUGAUUAUGUCCCUAUUGGCCCUCGAUUUUCUAAUCUGGUAUUGCAGGCUCUUCUUGUGUUACUGAAAAAAGCACCUCCUCAGGGCCGCAAGCUUCUUAUCAUCGGGACCACUAGCCGCAAAGAUGUCCUUCAGGAGAUGGAGAUGCUUAACGCUUUCAGCACCACCAUCCACGUGCCCAACAUCGCCACGGGAGAGCAGCUGCUAGAGGCUUUGGAGCUGUUGGGCAACUUCAAGGAUAAGGAACGUACCACAAUUGCACAGCAAGUCAAAGGGAAGAAGGUCUGGAUCGGGAUCAAGAAGUUACUAAUGUUGAUCGAGAUGUCCCUGCAGAUGGACCCUGAAUACCGUGUGAGAAAAUUCUUGGCCCUCUUAAGAGAAGAAGGAGCGUCUGAGAGACCAAGCAAGGAAAUGGGUUGUACUGUUGGUUUGCUCUCCCUGUCCUGCUUCGCAAAACUGCCUUGUCACAGUGCAGGAAAAAGCUCAAUGUAGCCCCCUGGACUUUGAAAAUGAACUAUUUUCCAACGCAAAGUGACCAAGAGAAGUGACCAGGGUGAAGAUGGCCUAGGAUCUUCGCUCAACUUCCUCAAGAUACUGGACAAAGUGAAAUGUUCCCCACCUUCACCACAUGCUCACUCUGCAUGAUUCGUGCAAUAAAACUCCCUUCCUUGUGCUUAUUGAGAUGUUCCGCUAUUUUGUGGAAGGUAUAACUUGGCCUUAGGAUGCCGCGCUUACCUUUCCCUGCAAGCUGACUCUUCCUUCCUCAGUCUUUAAACGUAGGAGCAUACUGUACUGGUGAACACUACACGCUCUCAGCUCCCUGCCCCCGCCGUCACCACCCAGAAGCUCAGCAAACGUGAUGAUGUUGCAAAACAACAGUUGGCCUAUUAGAAGGAAGACUUUCUGCCUGUAAACCAGGAGCAGUGAACAGAGGUAUGGGUCCAAGGGGAUUAUCUUACCACUCCCCCUCCCCCGUACUUGCGCUAAGGCAACUGGAUAUUUGGUUAAACGUUCUCCCAGGAAGCUGGUUAUCUUUGCCUGAAAAAAACAGGGCUUUGGAUCUCUAAGAUGCUGUUCUCAAUCAUUUUCAGAGAUGUUUCCCAUGUUACAAGCAGAAGAUCUUUCUUAAUAGAAAAUCGCAGUAUUUCUGUGCUGGCUGUGACGUUCCCUUAGUGUAAGUGGUUGGCUGUGUGGUAGGAGAUGCGCUCAUCAUUACCACUUGGUAGAUGUCAGAAACGUGUGAAAGCUCUGUAUGGAAAAAGCAGACACCCCUAAACAGAAAGGAGUCACCCAAGUAAGUUGCCGCCCUCGCAGCACUAAUUAGUGUCCAACUCUAAAUGGGGCAAUCCCUUAGUGUAUGUCAAAGGCUUAUUCAGCAUCGAUUUUGUUUUCCUUAGCCCAACCACUUACCAUGUAGCCUUCCUUUAAGUUAUCUGUACUCUCUAGCAUCUAAAUAAAACACCAUUUUCCAGAAAAACCAAAAACCACUUUCUAGCCCUCUGCCCUCAGUCCUUCCCCGUCCAUUCCAGCACACUAAGCGCAUUCCUCUCCCUCCACGCACCUCUUCCCGAGGGAAAGAGAACGGCGGUUUGUCUUACAGCUGCCUUUGAAGAAGUUUAAUCAGGUCGCCGUCGUGUGUGGUGAUGAGAAUUGUGGAACAUGCCAUUCUCUCCCCAUUGCUGCUUAAAAUUCAGGGACAAGCAAUCAGAAGCCACCUGAAGGUACCUAACGCUACCUAAGGCUCGUUGCCCGUGUGCUUGGGUAUCGCUCUGCCAUCUGUCCCCAUGUAGAAGGUGAAUUAUCUGCAGAUCUUACUAUCUGUAUAUUUUUGGUAGACUUGUAUGUCACAUCUACUUUCUUCUUUGGAUUUUCAUCCCAAGCUUAUUUUGUGGCUUUUUUUUUUUUUUUUUAAAGUGGAUUGUAUUGUGAAAUUCUGUGAUUCCUGGUGGCCAGUAGCCUGGAUUCCCUUACCUGUUUUAGAGCUUGCCUCUUUUCUCUUCCCAUGAAAGCAGCACACAUUGUAUUAACUUAUGUCUCCUGUUAAAUGAGGUUUAUGUCUCUGUGUUUUGUCCAAAAUUAUAUUGAAAAAUAUAAUUAUAUUGUUUAAUACAAAUGAAGGAAUGCAAUAAAGAGUAAAUAUACUUGAAAACA